CCUGAAUUCUGAUCAUAUCUAUCCGAAAUACUCGACCGAUAUGACAGACAAGACAAUGUCUAGUGCAACUGUACACCUUAGCGUUCCUGAAGAUUGGAAACUUUGGUACAAGCAUAUGCUAGGAUAUGCAAAGGACAAGAAGGUAUCAGACUUCAUCAAUCUUGAUAAACCUGAUAUCUUCUCUGAACUAGAAGAACCUCUGGAACCUGAGUGUCCAGAAGAAGCCACCGCGGAGGCCAAGAUAGCAUAUGACAUCAAGGUCACUGCGUGGAAAAUCAAAUAUAUGAAAUAUGAAAAAAUGAAUGAAGAGAAGUGGUUAAAUGACUGGUCACUCAUUGAAGAUGAUAUCAAAGAGGCGGAUAUAGCUGGACAGUUCAACUUGAAAAAAGACUUCUUAAAUGCGAACCUAGCUAUUGAUGCAGGAUAUGCACAAGCAUGGGCAAAGAAUGACUUCAAGGAAUGGUAUAGGGAAAUGGGUAUUCUCAAAGGAGAUAAACCUAUGAACUUCGCUACCCUUAAUGGAAGACCUCAGCAAUCAUCACCAGCGACAUUUGAAAACUGCAUCUGUGGAGCCCGUCACCGAUACACUCAGUGCUACUAUCUCAAUCCAUCAAGAAAGCCACCUGGAUGGAAGGAAAAUGAGGAGAAGAGAACUCAGAUUGAUCAAGCUCUUAAGAAUCAAGAAUUGAAGAGACAUAUUGAUCAUGCGAUAUCUAGAGAUUCAUUCACAAAUACAGAUAUGGUAGAUGCCAAUGAAGCAGUUCUAGGAGGAAUGGUUCUGAAGCAAUCAGUUCCUCAAUCUAUUGAUUAUCAAUCUAUCGAUCAUCAAUCUAUCGAUCAUCAAUCUAUCGAUCAUCAAUCUAUCGAUCAUCAAUCUAUCGAUCAUCAAUCUAUUGAUCAUCAAUCUAUCGAUCAGCAAAUCUGAAAAAUAUCGAUGAACUCUUCACAUUCUCGCUCCUACCUCCGAAACUCCUGGAUCUUUGAUACUGG